AUGACCAGAUUUGCAGAAGCAAUAAUCGAGAUACCGGAUCUGGACCCCGCCGUCCACCUACACGCCCUUAAGGCCGGUCUCCGACCCGGGAAGUUCAGGGAAACAAUUGCGGUUACCAAACCGAAGACGCUGGAGGAAUUUCAGAAAAGGGCAGCCGGACAAAUAGAGAUCAAUGAGCUCCGCGAAGCCGAACGAGCAGAAAGAAAACAACCUAGGAGGGAAGAGGACAGAACCACGAAAUCGGCAAACAGCAAGGACUCCCGAAAGCCAUUCAAGCUUACCCCAAAAUUCGACAACUACACCAGAUUUAACACAAAGAGGGAAAGGAUAAUCAAAGAGAUACUCAACGCUAAAAUCAUAAAACCUCCGGCCAGAGCAGGGAGCUAUCAAGAUCAGCGAUUUGUGGACAAAAGUAAACACUGUGCCUUCCAUCAGAACUACGGGCAUACAACUGAUGAAUGCGUGAUAGCAAAAGACUUGUUAGAAAGACUAGCUCGACAAGGCCUCCUGGAUAAAUACAUCGAAGGCAGGAAACAUAAAGAAAACGGCAGAGGCCGAGAAGAACGCCAACAAACUCCGGGAAACAAGGAAGACAACAAAUUGUCAAACAACGCUCCACCAAAAGGGAUCAUCAACUGCAUAUUUGGAGGAUUUGCCGGGGGAGGCGAAACAACCUCGGCGCGAAAAUGA